GAGAGGGCAGCUGGGUCAAAUAUGCCACCCUAGGCAGCUCCCUGAAACUCAUAGGGGGGAAACCAAGAUGUGGGGAGCAAUUUCCCCCUUGCCCCAUAGCAAAUGACACCUUUGAUCUACUAGUUGUGGAAUUGGGGCCCAUCCUAGGUCAAGCCUGCAGGGAGAACACCACCUUUCUUCCCAACUCUUGGUACUAUCUCCUGCAGCCCUAGCCUUUCCCAGCAGGGGGAGCUGUAAGGAUACGGUGGAAAGCUCUGCUUCUGGAGGUGUUCCCAGCGGGGGUGAUGUGCAGGAGCAGUGUUUCUUGUUCCUUGCCUGGAGCCCAGAGAAUUGUGGUGGGGCCAGGGACUGUGCCGGGUAGGUACUCAGUGAUUUCCCCAUUAAAUAAACAAGCUGAUUGCAGUCUCUCUGCUCACACUGGAAACAAUGAGCCAAGUUCAGCCAGGUCCAGGUCUCGUUGUCCACUCUCUCCAACCAGACCUGCUCUGUCACUUCUGUACCGGCUCCCUAGUGGCCUUCAGCCACCUUCUCCUGUUCUCCCCAUGGAGACACUCUCACCUCCUCCUCCCACAGCAGCCCGAAGUAUUAGGUACAGCUCAGCUGGUCACAGCACAGAGAGAGAGGCCGUGGGCAGGGAGUGUGCAGCAGGCUCUGCAUCUGAGUUUCCGCCCAUGUGACUUUCAGCUUACGUCCCUCGCAGCUUCCGAGAAACCACAGGAGCCUAAGACCUAGACAUCACUGCAAGGUGCAGUGACAGAGAGGAGAGAGGUGCAGGGAGGAACUGGGGCAGAGUGGCAGAGAAAGUGACACAGGGAGAGCAACGUGACAAAGAGAGGGACGGGGAAAGAGGCAAAGAAAGUAACCAAGGGAGAGAGGGAAAGACGGCAGGGGACGGGAGGGGUGAGUAAAAGCCAAAGGAAACCAAGAGCACCAAGGACACAGAGGAAGCAGAAGAGGCCCUGGGAAGAGGGACGCGAGCCAUGCCCCAUAGCUCUGACAGCAGCGACUCCAGCAGCUUCAGCCAGUCACCCCCACCUAGCAAACAGGAUUCUUCUGAUGACAUGAGGAAAGUUCAGAGGAGGGAGAAGAAUCGCAUCGCAGCUCAGAAGAGCAGACAGAGGCAGACCCAGAAGGCAGACACCCUGCACUUGGAAAGUGAGGACCUGGAGAGGCAGAACGCUGCCCUGCGCAGAGAGAUCAAGCAGCUGACGGAAGAAAUGAAGCAUUUCACCUCAAUGCUGAGUUCCCAUGAGCCCCUCUGCUCCAUCCUGACCACGGUGCCCCAACCGCCCCCGGAGGUGCUGUAUGCCACACACUCCUUCCACCAGCCCCACAUCAGCUCCCCACGCUUCCAGCACUGAGGCCGGCCACAAGGACACGCAGCUUGCAGGCUCCACAAAUGGAAAUCAGAGACCCCACGGGGCUCACUCUUUGGUUCACAGGAGGGACAUGGACUGUUACAGCUAUUCCUGCCCCUCCUUCAAGCGUCUACUGGGCCAGGCCCAGGGUCACAUGUCUAGGAGUUGGCCCCGGUGCAGAUAUGGCAGAACACUAGGAGGCAUCUUCAGGGAGGUUAAAUCUCAGAUCAACAGAGAAGGGAAGCGUUUGCAAAUUGGCACCAAUCCCUGUUCUGUUGUUUGCACUGGGACCCUCGCAUGGGUCUAUGUGACACAGGAACCCUGUCUCCAUGUGAGCAGUCAGCUGGAGACUUCACCAGUGAGUGCUCCCAGGAGAGGAGCGCUGGGAAUGAGGGGCCAUGGGGUAGCGGGGAAGACUGGUUUAUUUUUUAAAAAAUAAAGAGUAAAAUGUUUAACGCUUUCUUUAAAAACCUGGCCUGGCCUCCCCUGAGAUUCCACAUUACACACUGAGCGUGGCAGAAAAUGGAGAAGACAACACUAGAAAUUCUGGGGAACAGCCCUAUAUGAAGCAGCGGGGACCUGGGGCUGGAGAAGCUGUGCUAAUGUCUAAUCCAGACAACAGCGGCCUGUUGUCAAUGUGUAACAUGUCUCUGCCCUCUCUCUGGACCAGGAAGGAUGAGGAAGGGCCAUUUAUGUGUUUGUUGUAUCCUUUGGCCUUUCCUGUGGGAGAUCUACUCCUCAGCGCUGCAGGGAUGAGACUGGCUGCUAACACUGGUACCUGUACAUACACAGUUACAACUCACUUCUCUGCUGGCUCCCCCAGCUCUCAGCUGCCUGCAGACCAAAUUCUUUCACUAAAGAUCCUUGCUGGCUCUGUCAUGAUAGAAAGACAAAGGUACAGAUAACAAUAUGGACUGUAUCUGCAGCAGACACACACACCAAUCAGGGAGCUGGCCACCCAUGUGCCCCAGACCUAUGCACAGGUCUGUGUGCGGCCUGCCUCUGCAAACCCUGUUGCUAUCGUAGAUUAGUGUUUGGCCAUUGUCAAAAUUACUGCCUACUUUAAGGAAUAACAGCAGCAGUGUUCUCCCAGCAGGGGGCACUGUCUGCAGCUUUGCUAGAGGGGUAAGAAAUAGGCAUUGUACUGAAGCUCUGGCAUUAACUGAUCUGAGCUAUGGGUGCCCUCCUCGCUCACAGGAGGUUGUUUCCAGUCUCUCUGCUGUGCCAGAGAACAAACCCAAAAGUGACAUGCAGAAGAGCAGGAAACUCCCUGAAGUCCACUAGUAACCUUACUGUACACCUGGGAAGAACCAGUGAUGGGUGCUAUCCUCCUCUUCCCCCA